AUGUCUUCCUCUUCUCACAAUAAAGCAACUACCAAGGACGAGAUUGCCGCCAAAUUGAAUGCUGCUAAGAACACCCCUUAUCGCAGAUUGACGAAGUUGGCCAAAACUUUGCAAUUCUAUUGGUUCCUUGGCCAUGGUGUUACACUAUUUGCAAGUUUGUGUUAUUUUUUGUCUUUUAAUCCUAAAUUGUACAGGUUAGCCUAUUUGGGUGUCCUGCAAUCUUUUGGUAUCAUCAUUUAUCAGCAAUACUUCCUAAAACAUACUAAGAAUGCUUCUCCUGCAUUGAGAGUCUUACAGAAUGAAGAUAUCUUAUAUUUCAUUUUGGCUUCAAUGUGGUUACUUACUCCAGUUUUUUCUCUUUCUUUGGUUCCAUACAUCUUAUUCUCUAUUUUCCAUUAUUUGACUUACUUGCAAAAUACUUUGUUACCAAAGGUGCUAACCCAAACCAAAGAUGCAUCUGGUAAGAUUGAAGAAAACAAAAUUAUUGGCAUGAUCGGCAGAUUUAAUGCUAAAUACAAUGAGAGAUGCAUGUUCUGGGUUGCCUCCACUGAAUUGUUGAUUGAAAUUAUAUUGAUCUUAAGAGCCAUUGCGUUCUACAGAAGAUCAUGGAUCAUGUUUGCUCUAUUUUCUCUUUUCAUUAAGAUUAGAUACGAACUUUCCAAAUAUACAAAGACUGCAUUCGCCAAAUGGAGAGUUAGAAUGGAUGGAAUUAUCUCUCAUCCAAGUGUCCCACCAAAGAUUAAGGAAAUUUAUAACUUGAUUAAGACAAAAUUGAUUCAUUUAUCUGGAAUUCCUUUAACUAGUGCAAGAGCAGCCACCACUGAGGCAUCAAAGAAUCAGUGA